AUGAUCACUAACAGUAAGACCGUGCCUUCUACUGGCACAAUGAUCACUAACAGUAAGACUGGGUCUUCUACUGGUACAGGGGUAACUAACAGUAAGACUGUGCCUUCUACUGGCACAAUGAUCACUAACAGUAAGACCGUGCCUUCUACUGGCACAAUGAUCACUAACAGUAAGACUGGGUCUUCUACUGGUACAGGGGUCACUAACAGUAAGACUUUGCCUUCUAGCGACACAGGGACCACUAACAGUAAGACUGUGCCUUCUACGGGCAUAAUGAUCACUAACAGUAAUACAGUGCUGUCUUCUGGGACAAGAGCCACUAGUCAAUCAGGACCAAACAGUAAGAUAGUACCUUCAUCCAGUACAGGAAGCACUAAUCAGUCCAAACCAACCAGUAAAACAGUGUCCUUUCCUAGCACAGGAACCAUUAGUCAUUCAGUAACAAACAGUAAGACAACGAUUUCUUCAGAUUUGAUCAUCACCAGUCAUCUCAUACCAAACAACAACAUUAUGUCUUCAUCCAGUACAAAGUCCACUAGUAGCUCAGCAUCAAAGAGUAACACAUCACCUCCCUCUGGAACUGCGACCUCUAGCAAUGCAGUAAAAAAUACUACAAAUCCUUCUUCCAUAACUGAAUAUUUGGUAUCAAGCAGUAAACCAGUGUCAUCUCAAAAUGCUGGAAUCACCUCUCAAUCAUCAUCGUCAAGGUAUGUAUCUUCUUCUCUUCUCGUACAUGUUUUUCCCUGUGCCAUGCACAAAACAGUUGUUUGCUUUCUUUUUCCCCAGUGCUGGAGCAGCAUCAUUUGUUAGCAAACCAAUAUCUUCUGUUACUGUUCAACUAUCAACCAGUAAAACUGUGCCAUCAUCCGGGAGCCUUCCAACUAUUGUUCAGUCUUCAACAAAAAGGACUUCUAUAAUGCAGACCAUUGAGACAUCAGUACAGAUCAGUAAGCCAGCCACUAGUCCAACUGAAUCUACUAAAGGUGAGACAGAGUUACAGGCAAAAAAAACAGAUCAAAUGAGAGGCAGACAGAGAGAUCAUUAGGCAAUUAUACAGUUCAUUGAACUACAAUGUGUAAAAGGCUGACAAAUAGAUCAUGAGACAGAAACACCAUGACAUAUCACAGCUCAAGAUAGACAUAUUAUUAUUAAACACACAUAGAGAUGGAUGGAAGAGAUGGAUGGAUGGAUAGAGAGAGAUGCAAGUAAGUCAAUCAUGAUUCAGAGAGAACACAGACAGACAGAUUGUGAGCAAGGCAGACAGGCUGACAAAUAGACCAUGAGACAGAAACACCAUGACAUAUCACAGCUCAAGAUAGACAUAUUAUUAUUAAACACACAUGGAGAUGGAUGGAAGAGAUGGAUGGAUGGAUAGAGAGAGAUGCAAGUAAGUCAAUCAUGAUUCAGAGAGAACACAGACAGACAGAUUGUGAGCAAGGCAGACAGGCUGACAAAUAGACCAUGAGACAGAAACACCAUGACAUAUCACAGCUCAAGAUAGACAUAUUAUUAUUAAACACACAUGGAGAUGGAUGGAAGAGAUGGAUGGAUGGAUAGAGAGAGAUGCAAGUAAGUCAAUCAUGAUUCAGAGAGAACACAGACAGACAGAUUGUGAGCAAGGCAGACAGGCUGACAAAUAGACCAUGAGACAGAAACACCAUGACAUAUCACAGCUCAAGAUAGACAUAUUAUUAUUAAACACACAUGGAGAUGGAUGGAAGAGAUGGAUGGAUGGAUAGAGAGAGAUGCAAGUAAGUCAAUCAUGAUUCAGAGAGAACACAGACAGACAGAUUGUGAGCAAGGCAGACAGGCUGACAAAUAGACCAUGAGACAGAAACACCAUGACAUAUCACAGCUCAAGAUAGACAUAUUAUUAUUAAACACACAUGGAGAUGGAUGGAAGAGAUGGAUGGAUGGAUAGAGAGAGAUGCAAGUAAGUCAAUCAUGAUUCAGAGAGAACACAGACAGACAGAUUGUGAGCAAGGCAGACAGGCUGACAAAUAGACCAUGAGACAGAAACACCAUGACAUAUCACAGCUCAAGAUAGACAUAUUAUUAUUAAACACACAUGGAGAUGGAUGGAAGAGAUGGAUGGAUGGAUAGAGAGAGAUGCAAGUAAGUCAAUCAUGAUUCAGAGAGAACACAGACAGACAGAUUGUGAGCAAGGCAGACAGGCUGACAAAUAGACCAUGAGACAGAAACACCAUGACAUAUCACAGCUCAAGAUAGACAUAUUAUUAUUAAACACACAUGGAGAUGGAUGGAAGAGAUGGAUGGAUGGAUAGAGAAAGAGAGAGAAAGAAAGAGAUGAAAGUAAACAAAUCAUGAUUCAGCGCGAACACAGACAGACAGAUUGUGAGCAAGGCAGCAGACAGACAAAUAGAACGAAUGUUUUAGAUAUAUAGAUAAAAUUGACAACUCAUUUUUCUUCACAGGACCUUCAAAUUCUUCUUUUCAUCCAACAAUCUCCUUCGCUCUGGUUUUUCUGACACUAGUUUUGGGUGUCCUCUGA